AUGCUUCGCUCGCCACAACCCCGCUUUCCCCAGCAGUCUGCUGGUGGAUACCAACAGCAACCGCAACUUGCACCACCGAAGCAGCAGCAGCAACAGCGACCAAUAAGCAACCAGGCCACUCCGCAAGCUGCUCAGCAGCCACAGGAGCACCAGGAUGUAGUGCACGAUACUCAGUUCGAUUACUAUGGGCAGAUGCUUGCCACGGCCAGCUCAGAUCGCACCAUAGGUAUCCACGCCGUUCGAAACGGCCAGAUGCAGCGUGUCGCUACUCUCACUGGCCACGAGGGCCCUGUAUGGAUGGUGAGUUGGGCGCACCCGCGUUUUGGAGUUGUGCUUGCUUCGGCUGGCUAUGACCACAAGGCAAUCAUAUGGAAGGAGGUGCCUCAGGGCUCGCGGCAGUGGCGACCAGUGCACGUCAUCGACUGCCACCAUGGCAGCGUCAAUGCUGUACAGUGGGCGCCAGAAAGCCCGAUGGUGGCGACUGCCAGCAGCGAUGGCACCGUUGCCGUGACGGCGUUCCAAGGUGGCGUCUGGCGUGAGAGUAUGAAAUUAAGCAACAAUAGCAACAACAUUGCUCACGCUAUGGGGGCUACCAGCGUUUCUUUCGCUCCUGUGUGGCAGCCACAGAGUGAUGUCGUGCUAUUGGCUUCCGGUGGCUGCGACUCGCAAGUAAGGUUGUGGUGCUCACGCGAGGGUGAUCCGGCGGCUCAGCCGUUUGAUCUCCUUGAGCUGCUUGACGGCCAUGCUGACUGGGUGCGCGACGUCGCAUUUGCACCACUGUGCGCGGCGACCCGGCAUGCCGUCGUCGCUUCCUGUGGACAAGACAAGAGCGUCAUCAUCCACCGCAAGCCGUGGGAUCAGGUGGCAGCGGCCAUUCAGGAAAGGAGGCAGAGCAGUGGUUCAAACGGCCAGCUGCAGGCAAAGGAAGUUGGUGGCGGUUGGGAGCGAAGUGUGGUUCUUUUCGACGAGCCUGUGUGGCGUCUCUCGUGGUCCCCAACGGGGGAGAUGUUGCUUGUGACAACAGGUGACUCGGAGGUGUUCAUUCUUCGCGAAGGCGCCGAGUUCACUCAGCCGUGGAUGAAAACACCCCUCAGCGAAUAUCAAAAGGAGGGGCAGCACCGUGCUGAGGGACAGCAUUGA